AUGCAUCCAGCAAACGUGGAAAACUUUCUACUGCGGGCCGGCCGGGCUGGAAAGGCGAGCAACAACCAGACCCCCAAGGGCUGCAGGGCUGCUGUAAAACAGAGACAAACACCCCCAACGCCCUCAUUCUGCGCGCAGCAUCGCCUCCGGGGCUCAUCUGCACGCCAGGGCACUAAGGCAAACCUGGAUUUGGCUUUUACGAAACUGACACUGAAUCACACGCCAUUUCCUGUUGGGAGCCGCCCAAGUCUCAGCGUGAUCUCCCGUGUCAAACUAGGGAUGCAGUCCAUUCCCGUCGCCACCGCCUGUGCCAUUUACCAUAAGUUCUUCUGCGAGAUCAACGUGGACGCCUAUGACCCCUACUUGGUCGCCAUGUCUGCCCUUUACUUGGCUGGCAAAGUGGAAGAACAGCCCCUGCGAACGCGUGACAUCAUCAACGUGUCCAACAGGUACUUCCACCCGGGCAGCGAGCCCUUGGAGCUGGACUCCGGAUUCUGGGUGAUCCGGGACAGCAUUGCGCAGUGCGAGCUCCUUGUGCUGCGGGUACUGCGCUUCCAAGUCUCCUUUCAGCACCCACACAAGUACCUGCUCCACUACCUGAUUUCUCUCAAGAACUGGCUGAAUCCUUACAGCUGGCAACGGACCCCCAUCUCCGUCACUGCCUGGGCCCUGCUGCGGGACAGCUACCGCGGGGGGCUGUGCCUCCGGUUCCAGGCUCAGCACAUAGCGGUGGCGGUGCUCCACCUGGCCCUGCAGGUCUACGGGGUCGAGGUGCCCGCCGAGGCCGAGGCCGAGAAGCCAUGGUGGCAGGUGUUUAGUGACGACCUUACCAAGCCAAUCAUUGAUAACAUUGUGUCUGAUCUCAUUCAGAUUUAUACCAUGGACACAGAGAUCCCCUAAGGCCCUGGUCCAGGCCUGUCCAAAGAGAAGCCUGGGACGCUCGGCUGCCAGGGGACGGCGCCACCACAUCGCCGUGACGGCCGGUCCCCAGAGGACUGGCUGGGAGGACUGGUUUUGUGCUGCUGGGGACGGGCCGGUGAAGGCGAUGACAUGCUGCCACUUUGAUUCUCAGGCUCUGACUGUCCCCGGCAGCCAUGGUCCAGAUG